UCACAGAUGGUGUAUGUUUCUAAUAGAGCUGCUCCGGCACUUGCCAACUUUUGACGAGGAUCUACCGGCUCCUCAAGGCCGCAGGGCCGGUCCACUUUUCCCGCCGCCGAAUCGGCCGCUACUCAAGUAAAAAUGACCUCAUUGCCGCUGCCCGGUUUCCGAGGGGUUUCAGAGGACUCUUAGACAAGCAUCACCGCGACCCGGGGGCAAUCACCUGGCUUGAAACCAUAUUUUCAGUUUGCGAGGCAGCAUAUUAUACAUUGAAACGGUCUGCGAAUAAUACACUCCCAGAGACUUGGCUAAUUGACUAACCCCUCACAAGUUGCUUGCACCCUCAUCUCUUCCGGCAUCAUGUCGUCCAACACUUUCUCUCUGGCCAGCAAGGUCAAGCUCCCCUCGGGUCACACGAUUCCCCAACUCCAACUCGGGCUCUACAUGAUGUCCGGCCGCGAAGUCCUGUCUUCCAUCCCCCAGGCCCUCUCUGCUGGCUACCGCGGUUUCGACAGCGCACAAAUGUACCACAACGAGUGCGAAGCCGGACAAGCAAUCCGGGACUGGCUUUCCUCCCCGUCCUCCAACACCACGGGACUCAAACGCGAGGACGUAUUCUACACGUCCAAACUCGCGAGCUGCAGCACCAAUUACCAGGUGGUGCGGCGGAGCAUCAAGUCCUCGCUCGAGGCGUGCGGCCUGGGGUACAUCGAUUUAUUCCUGCUGCAUAGCCCGUACGGAGGGCGCGAGGCGAGAUUGGCGAGUUGGAGGGCGGUGGAGGAUGCGAUCGAGGAGGGGGAGGUGAGGAGUGGGGGUGUUAGUAAUUUUGGAAGUCGGCAUAUUGAUGAGUUGAUGGGUUCCAAUCCGCGCAUCAAGCCGUCCGUCAACCAGAUCGAGGUCCACCCGUUCAACACCCAGGAGGGCAUCCGGGAGACGUGCAAGAAGCAUGGCAUUGUUGUUGAGGCGUAUGGGCCGUUGGCGAGGGCGAUGCGGAUGAACGACCCAACAAUUUUGGCGCUGGCGAAGAAAUACGAAUGUACCCCGGCGCAGCUGAUGGUCCGGUGGUCCUUGCAGCACGGGCUCAUCCCUCUGCCAAAGAGCGUAAAGAAGGCACGGCUCAUUGACAAUGUCAAGGUUGCGCACUUUGAGAUUUCAGCCGAAGACGUGGCGAAGAUGGAUGGUUUGGACGAACAUCUUGUUACAGACUGGGACCCAACGGAUGCCCCUUGAAUGUCUGUAGUAUCUCACUCGCAUCUUCCCCUACUUCCGCAAACUUGGAAAAUCACCGUUUGCAAGAGAGCUUCUUAGAUUAAAAUACCAAAAACCACAAAUCCGUCAAACCCCUAUUCAGUGAUGUCUGCCACUCCGUUUCCGCAUAGCCGUACCCUCACUUCCAAGAGCCAACACCUCCAUGUCCACUCCGC